CAUAUACUUGAUCAAUUAGCUUACAAACCGCAACUGGGGGAAAAUGUCGCCAGCGCGGCUGGUGUGACUAAUUUGGUUUUCACAUUACCUUGCACCUCCUUUCUCUCACCGAGAAGAUACGCAUAAAUAUGGCAGGUAAAGGCUUCCUACAUUUCUGCCGGCUUUCAUGCUCGACUACAUACAGCCUAUCUUACCUUCUUACCUCUCAAAAUGCUUGGAUCACCUCCCGUCGCUCUCAUUCUCGGUGCAGGGCCAAAAGUCGGCUUGCCAGCCGCAAGCGCCUUUCGAAGCAAAGGCUACAAAGUCGCAAUUGCAGCCCGGUCCCUGGAGGAGGCGGAUAGCACAAACGAGCAGCUCAACAUAAGAAGCGACUUCUCCAAUCCCGAUGACGUUAUCAAUACCUUCACUAAGGUUAAGGGGGAGCUGGGAAUCCCAAGCGUGGUCGUUUAUAACGCUGGUGCCGCAACAUUCUCCCCUGCUGGCGACCCGUUUUCCAUCCCACUGGAGGCUUUCAAGCGAGACAUGACCAUCAACAAUACCAGUGUCUUUGUGGCUGCGCAGCAAGCUGUUCUCUGCUUUGCGGAGCUCCCUGCCGACACCCAGAAGACAUUUUUCUUUACAGGGAACAUCCUGAACGUUGUACCUCUGCCGCAGUUUCUAGAAUCAGGUGCUGGAAAGUCAGCCUCGGCACACAUGAUGAUGGCUGCUGCCUCUGAAUACAAGGAGAAAGGGUUCAGAUUUUACUACGUUGAUGAACGGAAGGCGGACGGCUCGGCCGCCUUUAGAAUUGACGGGGAGGCACAUUCGAAGCUCUUUUUAGAGCUUGCAGAGGGGAAGACACAGGGGCCGUGGUUGCAGACAUUCGUUAAGGGCACCGGAUAUAAGGACUUUGGUCCGUAUCAACUCUAGUAUUGUUAUAGACACCAGCCAUAGUUUUAUUAUGAAGUAGCACCUGCUAUACUUGUGGUACGAUCAUUGGAGGUCUAAUUCUUUACCUCUAUCCCUGCUGAGGGCAAUAUUGUUGUAUUGCGCAAUGUGAUGAGGGAGGUGAUAAAGUGAGAAGAAGCUGGCCGAUUGGCUGGGCCAAGGGUAGGGCUGUGCAGUAUCUAGCGUGGGGUGGUUAUGUCUUAAGUCUUCCCUUCCCUGCACGAUGCCAAGCUCCACGUCGGUGGAUUGUAUAUAAUGAUGACUG